AUGGAGAAAGAGAGAGAGUCUGCCGCCAGUGAAAGGCAGAAGAGGUACAAGGAGGAGAAGGAAUCCAAGCUCAGACCAAUGCUAAAGGAUGGAAGGCUUCGGACACGCUGCCAGGCCACAGGGACUAGGAAUCAGCCUGUGAUCUUCUUGAUCACCAUUGAACGCCACUGUUCAUCUGGAGGAAAGAUGGCCUCUUUAUUAUUUUUUUAUGAGAAGAACACGCAACAGGAAUAUGCCUAA